AUGUCUGCAAUAGAAGCGCCACCGUUUAUAAAAACAAUCGAGUGGGACAUGAUGGACAAAACGAAAUUUUUUCCCCUGAGUAUGCUGUCAUCUUUCUCAAUACGGUGCUGCCUUUAUCCAUUGACUGUCAUAAAAACACGGUUACAAAUUCAACGAAGAAAUCAUAUGUAUACAGGUAUGAUAGACGCCUAUCAAAAAAUUUAUCGAAUGGAAGGACUAGCUGGUUUGUAUCGAGGCUUCUGGAUAAGUUCAAUUCAAAUAGUAUCAGGGGUAUUCUACGUGUCAACUUACGAGGGUGUAAGGCAUAUUCUAAAUCAAGAUCCACUUACAACGGGUCUAGAUUCAAGAAUAAAAGCAUUAAUUGGUGGAGGUGCGGCAAGUACUGUUGCACAAACCAUUGUUGUGCCUUUUGAUGUAUUAAGUCAGCAUCUUAUGGUACUUGGAUUUACCAAUAAGCGCGGAAAAUUUGCAGUCGAUAAGAUGGCAAUGAAUCCACUAGGAUUAAAUUUAACACUUGGAUCGUCACGCGCUUUUGUUACCAGUGAAAUAAUCAAAUCAAUUUAUCAAAAAGAUGGUAUAAAAGGAUUUUAUCGUGGAUAUAUGGCUUCAUUAUGUGCUUACGUACCUAACAGUGCUUUAUGGUGGGGUUUAUACACUUUCUAUCAAGAUGAAUUGUUACGAAUUUUACCAAAUUGGGUGUCUCAUUUAUUUAUUCAAUCGUUAGCUGGAACUUUUGGGGGUUUUACUACGACAAUAAUUACGAAUCCUCUGGACAUUGUACGUGCACGUUUACAAGUUCAGCGCCUAGAUAGUAUGUGUCAUACGUUUAGAAUUUUAUGGAUCGAAGAGGGUUUCAAAAUGUUCUCGAAAGGUUUAUCAGCAAGACUUGUACAAUCAGCAUGUUUCAGUUUCUCAAUAAUUAUUGGAUAUGAAACUAUUAAACGUAUUAGUGUUAAUGAAGAGUACAAAAGCUUUAUAAAGUGGUGA